GAGGAAAGUAAGAAACAUAGUAGUGGUUACUCAUUAUAGCGAUGGAGUUUAUUCAAAGAAAAUUCUCAUCAGUUGGUUUUCUGCUGUUUGCAAUAGUAGGAUUUUCGUUAUUGGAACAGAUGGCAUUGGCGCAAACAGUAAACAUAAAUAUAGAAAUAACGACCGACGGUUGUUGUUGUCAAGCACCCCCAUGUCCAUGUCCAUCCCCAUCCCCACCCUCACCUCCUCCUCCAUCACCCCCAUCUCCUUCUCCUCCUCCUCCAUCACCCCCACCUCCAAAACCAUCUCCACCUCCACCUCCACCAGCUGAGUUGGUAUGCGAAGGCGGAGACUCUUAUACAUAUACUACAUUUUCUGAAGAAACCGACUGCGGCCUAUGUGAUGCUGAAUGUAUAAAAGAAUGUUCGCAAUCAGGAACUUCUGUGGCAAAGAAAUCAUGCUCGCCGGGAGAAGAUCCUUCUUCAUUGUUUUGCCAGUGUUGCUGCAAGGCUACCAGUACCUCGGCAUCAUCAGCUUCUGCUCGUGGUUCAUUACUACUACUCACAGAAACAUUACUGUGAUCUGGUCGAAAUCUGCACAGCUAGCCCUUGCUUACUUUUUGUUGUAAAGGUAACUUGUGGUUUUAUAAUGGGCUCACGUUACCGCAGAAAAAUAGCUUGCUUAUUAUUGCAUCAAGUUUUAGGAUCCUUUGCAAAUUUUCCUACUGGAAAUUAUGUAUGCAAUUCAUUGUAUGAAUAAAAAAAAGAUCAAGUUCAAUGUCA